AUGAGCAACAACCCCGAUUUCUCCGAGUCCUUCUACCGAAGUUAUGCCCAGCGUUAUGCCGAGGUGAGCCACAAUUUCAUUCAAUCGGUGUACACCGAUGUCUCCCACCCGGGCUUGACGGGUGAUACAGCCCUUAUCGACCGUCUCCAGGAGCUUGUUCCUCCAGGAUGUCGGGGGCUGGACGCAGGUUGUGGCGCUGGCGCCCGGGACGUCUACUUCUACUGGCAGAAGGGGUACGACGUCUACGGGAUAGACGCUGUGGAAGAGAAUAUCCAGGAGGCCCGCCGGCUGCAUUCCGAAAUUGCCGAUAGGGUGUCGGUUGUCGACCUUCGCGAACCCCUUGACUAUCCCGAUUCCUCUUUCGACUUUGUCCUUUGUAAUGCGGUCAUCCAGCACAUCGAACCGGACAUCGCCCUGGGGACUACCCUGCCGGAGUUUGCCAGGGUCCUGAAAACGGGCGGUAUUCUCCAGCUUAUGUUCAAGUACGGGAACGGCAUUACCACCGUCUACGAUAGGGACUAUGGCUCGGACCGGACUUUCCAGCUUUACGAAGUGGACGAGGUGCUUGCAACGAUGAUGGAGCAGAGGUUUAGUGUGAUUCCGGCGGAGGGAGAAGGACUGGGUGGAAUUAUGUACUUCAAAGAUCCCAAACCUAUGGAUCAUUGCGUCUUUUUUGUUCGCAAGGAUGGGUGA